AUGGUGUCCACGGUGGACAAGAAGGAGCUGGUGGCCUACCUCAAGGGGGACAUCGAGGCCAGCGCGCAGAUCCUGGACGCCAGCGGCAAGCCCACGGAGGCCAAGAGGGAGCGCAAGCCUACCGGUUCUACCUCUAGUUCUGCCUCCAAAAAGAGGGAGACGGAGGACGAGGCCCGCGCUUCAGCCAAGAAGAGGAAGCUCGAGGGAGCGCGCCACCACCGAGACGGCCACAAGCACGGCGAGAGCCAUAAGACGCCCGAGGAGCUCCAGGCCGAGGCCCAGAUGAAGAGGAUAACGGACAAGGAGUGCGUCAACAGGACCAGGACCACCGUGCUGGACGCGCACAAGACCAAGUUUGACAACGUGGUCAAGACGCUCGAGUUGGUGAACGCUGAGACCAAGGAGAAGAUCGAGAAGGCCAGCAAGGCCUCGGCGCUGCUGGCCACCACCACGGCCAGGAAGGAGCAGUUGCCGCUGCAUCGGCUGGUCAAGGAGAAGAUACUGGGCACGCCGAUUAUUGUGGUGCCCGCUGGCUUCUCCGAUUUGUUCACGAUGCUCAAUGCCAGGGACUUCCUGGAGGACGGCGUGUAUGUUUCCAACAUGCAGAAGAAGGCGGCCGGACACCGCAAGCAGCAGUCGAUGAUGAUCACCCAUGAGGAGGACGGACACGUGUACACGUUCAAGGUCGUCGACACUGUGAGUCGAUUCCGAGACAAGGACUGGCGCUCGGUGGUCGGCGUCAUUGUCUCGGGACAAUCAUGGCAGUUUAAGGGCUGGAAGUGGAAAUUCCCGCUCGAAGUGUUCAAGAAAGUGUGCGGAGUUCACAUCUACAACCAAGGCUCCCAGCUGAACCCAGAAAUCAAGCAGUGGGACGUGAAGGUGCUCAUGAUCCACCCCGACAAAAGGCAUUUGGACAAGGUGGCAGCCAAGGAGUUCUGGCGCUACUUGUUCGCUUUCAUCAAGCUAAAGCUGCAAUAA